AUGGCUACCCAGGAAACAUCAUCCUCACAGAACCCAAUAUUUCCCCUCGACUCCUACGAUACGGCUCUAUGUAUUGUUCCGCCGAGGCAUCUAUGGUCGCCCGUAGAUCACUUGAGGUCGGUUUACGACCCAGCUUAUAAAAAGUGGCCACCACAUGUCAACUUGGUAUAUCCAUUUGUCCCAGUACACAACCUACAAGCUGCUUCAGAGUUGAUCGUCUCCAAGCUCCGGAGUCACGAAGGACUUGGCAAUUUGAAUCUGCAUAUAUGUUCUGCAGACAGAUUCGUCCAUAAGAGUAAAAAGACUACCUUCUUCGUGUACGACAAUGGGCCGCAAACUUGGACAGAUUUUAUAGGCCUAAGGAAAUAUAUACUGGAAGCCCUACAUCAGAAACCAACCCAUUUCGAAAUGCACAUGACUGUUGGGCAGAGCAAAGAAUCGCUCGCACCACCCAAUGACUACAUACUACGAAAAGCCGAAAUGCUACCUGCAUUGCAAUGGAAAGUCAACAAGAUUUACAUUUUAAUACGGGACAGGGAUGAGAAUAAAAUUGAUUUGUCUGUCUCUAGUGAAAUGAAAAUUUGGGGGGAGAUCGACCUGGGAUCUAUGACAUUAAUGCCCAUGCGCGAGCCCAUGAGAUUUUACAAUGACGAGAAGAUGGCCGGUUCUCUAGAUGGCGUCAAUGUUGUGUUAGGAACCCAAGCUCUAACUCGACUCCCAUAUACAUUCUCACCUAGACAGUACAAAUGGGUAACCCAGCAAAUCAAUCUCACUCCUCAGCAAGGCGGACCGGUCCCAGAAUCGCUAAGUGUCGCGAGCUAUAAUAUUCAAGCAGAAUUCGAAUAUCCACCAUCCCGAGCUCGAUAUCCCAUUGUCAUUCAAAAUAUCCAAGAUGGGUCCGCUCUAGCGGAUGUUUUGGUCCUACAGGAGGUCACCGAUGACUUUCUCUCAUACCUUUGCAAAGACGAGGAUAUUCGCAAAGUUUACCCUUUCAUCUCGGAUGGCCCUGCAGACCAAUCUGACAUUGAGCCGAUAUCUGACCAUUCUAAUAUCGCGGUUUUGAGCAAGUGGCCGUUCUCUUGGGACUUGUUAUUGCUCCCGAGCCUCAGGGGAUCAGUGAUCGUGCAAUUCAACCAUAUCGGAAAGCAUGAAAAAGGCGUCUUCCUACCAGUCAUUUUAUCCGCCGUACAUUUCACCUCUGGUCUUACAGAUAAAUCUGUUACGAAGAAACGAGACGAUUUAGAAUCUCUCCUUAAGUAUCUUUCAGGGACAUACUCUGAGAAUCCUUGGAUAUUAGCCGGCGACUUCAAUAUCACAACCAGUAUGGACAGCAUCGAAGUUGCGAUUAGGAGGAAAGAUAUCACCACAGACGGCAGAAACUCACUUGUUGAGCUUGAGGCAAUGCUCACCGGGUCGGGAUUGAUGGACUCUUGGACUGCUGCAUGCAUCGAGCAUGGCGAUAGUUCCAGAUUAGAUCAAACCCAACAGGACACCAGCGAAGCUUUAGGGGGUGAACAAGGUGCGACUUUUGACCCAAAAAUCAACAAUCUUGCCUCCAACCUCGGUCGUGGUGAUUUUAGUGAGAGGCCUCAGCGUUAUGACAGGAUUCUAGUCAAGAGAAACGACAUCCUCACUGUGACGAGUUUUAACAUGUUCGGUCAAAAUAUAAGGACUGUACAGACAGAGUUCGGUCUUGAUAUUGACAGUGAUGCAUUAGUUGAACAGUACUCAUACGGUAGUGAUCACUGGGGGGUUCGAUGUUUGUUCAACGUCUCCAACGACGUACCGACUUGCUCACAGAGUAGAAAUUUCGUUCCGCCAGUACAGCUCAACCUUGCGCCAGCGGCCCUCGCCGAUGUAUCUACAUUGGCAGCAUGUCUCUCUUUGCAAUCAGUGUACCCUUCUGAAAUUGAUAUCGCAAUAAGAGAAACCGCAUUUGACCUACUAAAGGAGGUAGUAGUGCAGGGCGAGGAUAACCAUACACAAGGCCUCCCGGCUCUCGUGGUGAUACCCGUUGGGUCCUAUGGGCUUGGUGCGUGGACUACAUCAUCAGAUAUCAACUGCCUUUGUAUUGGCCCUAUUAGCUCGAAGACUUUUUUCACAUUAGCAAUUCAGCGACUGCGAAAGGCUGCAUCAAGAGGUGUCAAGAUUCUCCGGUCUAUCGAUACCAAUACCGAUUCGACGCUCAAGUUAGAAGUUGGGCAUGUCAAAAUGGACCUACGGUAUUGUUCAGCAGUCACCAUCACGGAGACAUGGCCGGCGGCGUUGACAUUACCUCCAACUAACCCUAUGUUCAAUUUACCAUCAAGUGUUCUCGUGAAUCUCAAACCAAUGCGAGAUCUCUAUUACCUCCGACAAACCAUUCCAGAUCUUGCUGCCUUCAAGUUGGCAUACCAGUUCGUCGUAUGCUGGGCGAAACAACGGGGAAUUUACGCCCCAAAACUCGGCUAUCUCGGCGGAAUCCAAAUUUCUAUCCUGUUAUCAAGAGUCUGCAAGCUAUUGUCAUAUGAAGGCGGAUUCAUAUCUGCCCCGACAAUUCUGACCAGCUUCUUUCACCACUAUGCGAAUUUUGACUGGGAGAGGAACAUGGUUUUCGAUCCCUUCUUCCAUAAAAACCUACGCUACGUAAGAACUGCGCGGGAACCUAUGGUGGUACUAGGAUUUCAUGGGCCUAGCUUGAACACGGCGCAGGCCGCGUCAGUUCCGACGGUUCGUGUUAUUUCAAAGGAGUUCAACAGAAUUGACGCGCUAUUAUCAGAACUUGAUAUGGAAUGGUCAUAUUUGCUGAGGCGGAAUACGGGCGCGGCUGAAUUCUUAUAUGGGUACAAUACGUAUGCUAAGAUAACUGCUCGGUUUUGGAGUGUACCUCUAGCGAGGGGGGGCGCCUUUCUAGAUUGGUUUCAAUCGCAGUGUAUCUUUCUGUUCAAUGUUCUCUCUAAGCAGGUGCCUCACCUGAAUCCGAGAAUCUGGCCAGCACGUUUCGUAAGCCGAGAGUACUCUGCUGAGGAAAGCACGGAAUACGAGGGACAUUACCUUGUCGGCUUCGAAAUACAGGAAUCCCACCCACUAAUAGUAAGGGAAGAUAUGAAGGUUGCCUUAGCACAAGUGCAGGCAACUUUAUAUCAAUUUAGGACUCAGGUCACCAACGAUACCAAAUACUUCGACGCAAACUCAUUCUGGGUAGACACAGAUUUGGUUCCUGACUCCGGGCUUGGGCAAUUAAAAGUUGACGAUAGAGAUUGGGGAAAGUAUACGCUCGAGGCGGAAGACGAUGAGAUGGGCGAUUUGGAGUUGUGGGCAUCCACAGAGCAGGAAGCCAGCGAACCACGAACGAAGAAAGACUCAACUACUCGUCUGCCUCGUAGGUCGAAAGACGGGGUAAAGCUUCGAUCGGCCGGCGACGUUCUAAAUCGAUUAAGGUGGGACCCAGCUACUGACAGUAGUGACUACAUCGUGGUUUAUGAAGAUCGCUUUUCGGGGACGAUGGAGCGGUCAGUUGAUUCUUGGAAAUCCGACACGACGCACGAGGAGUUUAUACCGGAGCACCGAAUCAUGUGCUUCAAGCGGAAGAGCGAUGGGACGAUCGUAUGGGAUCGCGCAGAGAAACUGGAUCAGAUCUUCGGUAGCGGGGUUAAUGUUUCUAGGGUUUGA